AUGUCUUCACCCCAACAUCUCAUACUUCAUGCUCCUUCCUGCCCAUCUAAGACAAACAUAUGCUACUUUUUUUACAAGAACAUCACUUUUGGAUUUACUCUGUUUUGGUUUGAGGCCAACGCUUCUUUCUCUGGCCAGCCUGCUUAUAAUGAUUGGUACAUGUCAUGCUACAAUGUCUUCUUCACUUCGCUUCCAGUAAUCGCUCUUGGUGUUUUUGAUCAGGACGUUUCAGCCAGACUUUGCCUCAAGCAUCCUUUAUUAUACCAAGAGGGCGUACAGAAUAUCCUCUUCAGCUGGAUCCGCAUACUUGGCUGGAUGUUUAAUGGAGUUCUUAGUUCCAUAAUUAUAUUCUUCUUAACCACCAACUUGAUAAUUGGUCAAGCAUUCCGCAAAGAUGGUCAAGUUGCCGAUUAUGCAGUCCUCGGGGUGACAAUGUAUACAUGUGUAGUUUGGACAGUAAAUUGCCAAAUGGCACUCUCCAUCAAUUACUUCACAUGGAUACAGCACCUGUUUAUCUGGGGAAGCAUUGCCCUUUGGUAUAUAUUCUUGGUGGUUUAUGGUUAUAUCCCACCUACAUUAUCGACAACAGCAUACAAGGUUUUUGUGGAAGCUUGUGCUCCGAGCAUUGUAUAUUGGCUCACCACCCUUCUCGUUGUUAUUGCCACAUUGCUACCUCUCUUUUCUUAUAGGGCUUUUCAGAUCAGGUUUCGACCUAUGGAACAUGAUAAAAUACAAAGACAGAGGUCAGAAGGCUCGGAACAUGAUAAAAUACAAGGACGAAGGGCAGAAGGCUCGGAACAUAAUAAAAUACGAGGACGAAGAUCAGAAGGCUCGGAACAUGAUGUAACAGAAAGCACAGGUACCCGAAAUUCUACUGACUUGCCUUCAGAGAUUAGGAUCAGAAUAGAUAAUCUAAAGGCAGGUCCAAGGAGCAAGAACGCAUGAUACUGGUGAUAUGAUUAGGGUUCUUUUUUCUCUGUAUAUGCUACCGUCGCAAUUUAAGUGUAGAUGGAGAGGAGAGCAUGAAAAUUGGAAUUGCUUCUGCUCAACUUCAUGUGUACAUUACGUAUGUAAAUCUGAUUUAUGAAGUCUUGGUAAUGCAUGCCUCUGCUUCAAACAUACUGACCUCACAUAUAUGUAAUUAUAUAUUUUUCGUAA